UAUGCUUGCUUAACGUGUCGCUGCUUUUAGGAUAAAGUUGAGGAGUCCACGUGAUGAAAAAAAAAAAAUCAAUAUUUCCCCCCCGAAGUAGCCUCAGUAAUGAAUAAAAUCAAAUAAAACAAGACUGAUUUCUCCAGAGUGCCUGUCAACUUUAUGAUUUAGCCCAACAACUACCUCUAUCCAGAACAGCACAGUCAUCCACAGACACACACAAAAAAGUAGGCUAGCCAGUUUUACGCGUUGGAGACCCGGCAGCAUCCUGCAGGCGAGGGAUCUCCGACAUGAUCUCAUUUAUAACUCCGUAUUUCUGUGGUAUUAUCUUCAAAUAUGGACAUUAACUUGUUGGAAAAUAAGAAAGAUGCUGUCUGUUCCAGGACACGCCCUGUCGCUGGAAAGUGCUCUCUCCAUCGCGCAGUCUAGUCUGGUCUACCAAAUCGCAGGCUGUAUGUUUCCCUGCGUUUAAUCCUGUUAAAUGACAGCCAAAAAACUUCAAGUACAGAUAAUAUCAGGCUGUCAACCGGUCUUUUUCCCUCCUCCAAAGCCGCACCGGGGCAUCUCCUCCUGUUAAUCUCGGCAAAGAAAGAGAGGCUCUACCUACCGGGCAUGUCUGCUAGAGUGGCUCAUGCGCAGGACACACACCACCACUCCACAGAGAAGCCCCUGAUUCAGUGCUACAAGUGUGGGGAGCCAUGUAAGGGUGAAGUGCUCCGAGUGCAAAACAAGCACUUCCACCUCAAGUGCUUUACAUGCAAAGUGUGCGGCUGUGACCUCGCCCAGGGGGGUUUCUUCAUGAAGAAUGGAGAAUAUCUGUGUACGCUAGACUACCAACGCAUGCACGGCACUCGCUGCAAUGGCUGUGGUGACUUUGUGGAGGGGGAAGUGGUCACUGCCCUGGGCAAGACCUAUCACCCUGCCUGCUUCGUCUGCACCAUCUGCAAACGACCGUUCCCUGCCGGGGACAGGGUGACCUUUAAUGGGAAGGACUGUCUGUGUCAAUACUGUGUCGAGCCCAUGUCUCCAGGACCAAAGGACAUCCUGGGCUCUAGUAAUUGUGCAGGAUGUGGUCGAGACAUUAAAAACGGGCAGGCUCUUUUAGCACUGGACAGACAGUGGCAUCUGGGCUGUUUUAAGUGUAAGGCCUGCAGCAAAGUGCUGACUGGGGAGUACAUCAGCAAGGAUGGCGCCCCCUACUGUGAGAAGGACUAUCAGAUCCAUUUUGGAGUUCAGUGUGAGGCGUGUCAUCAGUUCAUUACAGGGAAGGUGCUCGAGGCGGGAGAUAAGCACUACCACCCCAGCUGUGCGAGAUGCAGCAGGUGCAAUCAGAUGUUCACAGAAGGAGAAGAGAUGUAUCUGCAAGGAUCAACAGUCUGGCAUCCUGGCUGCAAGAACACCACUAGAACAGAGGAAAGACACAGGGAGCGGCUAUUGCCUCCGUCCCUCUUAUUCCUCCAAAAAACAGAAAGGCAGCCUACGAGGUCGUCAUCCGAAAGUAUUUGUUCCAGACCUGGUUCAAGCAUACCUGGCUCACCGGGUCACACGAUCUAUGCAAAAGUAGACAAUGAGAUCCUUGAUUACAGAGACCUAGCUGCCAUUCCAAAAGUUAAAGCCAUUUAUGACAUUGAGCGCCCUGAUCUUAUUACCUAUGAACCUUUGUACACGACCUCCCUGGAUGAGAGAGAGGAGAGACGAGAGAGUGUGGGAGAGCUCCACGCUGCCAGGAGGGAGCGCUCCCCCUUGCCCGAUGACAAGUCCUCAAGAAAUAUGUCGCCAACCCCACCCGGAGAGGGCUCUUACGACAGGAGGGAACGCAUCCUCCAAAGGUCCACCAGUCAGGGCUCCAUAGGAUCACCAGUUUAUAAUCGCCAUGGUUACACCCCCACAUUGUCACGAUCGCCACAGCAUUUUCACAGGCCAGAGGCUCUGACAGGCAUGCAGAAGCUCUGCUCCUCCCUGUGCAGUAACAGUGUGGGCUCCAGAAAUAGUGACUCCCGCCCCACCUCCCCUUUCAGACACCACUUCCUGCCCCAUAGCCAAGGCACUGACCCGCCAAGUGGCCGGAGCUCCCCCCUCCCGCUCAGGCCCGACAGCCGGCCGGUCACCCCACCUCUCUCUCAGACCCCUAAACAUUUCCACCUCCCAGAUCAGGGGAGCAACAUCUACAGAAAACCACCAAUCUACAAACAACACGAUACAGCUGCCAUAGCACGCCAAAGCAAGUCUGCUGAUGACAUCAUCAGAUCCGCCACCUUCCCCGCUGCCCAUGCUCCCUCUCCGGAUGACAGCUCACGGAGUGAGGGCGACCAAUGGCCCUACUCUCUCGCUGUAUUAGGGUCAGAAGGGAGGAGACGAUCCAGAGAAGAGGAUGAAGAAGAGGCCUUGAAAAGAAAGCAACUCCAGGAGGAACAUCUCAGCAAGAUUCAAUCUGGUUUGGGAAAGCUCAUUUUGAAGGAGGAGAUGGAAAAAGAGCAGAUCAGGGAACGUCACGCACGUAGCCUCUCUGCUCAGCGAUAUGACCCCAAACAGACCAACUGUGACGCAGAUCCAACUUCUCCAACCAAAACUAACUCGCUGCCUGGCUAUGGAAGGAAUGGACUGCACCGGCCCCAGUCUACAGAUUUCACCCAGUACAACAGCUAUGGUGACAUGUGUGGAGGAGGCAGAGAGUUUCAGCACAUUAAGGAUGGCCGUGCAGCACUUGCAAGGAUGGACAGGGGAGUAUCUAUGCCUAAUAUGUUGGAACCAAAAGUGUAUCCCUAUGAAAUGCUCAUGAUAACCAGUAGAGGGAGAGCUAAACUGCCCAGGGAUGUGGACAGAACCAGACUGGAGCGCCACUUAGCACCCGAAACGUUCUUUGACAUCUUUGGAAUGGAGAUCCAGGAGUUUGACAGGCUUCCCCUGUGGAAACGCAACGACAUGAAAAAGAAGGCCAAGCUCUUCUAACACUCAGAGCAGCAUGCACAUACUGUACAUUCAUCCAGAUAGCACACAACAACUGUAAUCUAGAUGUAGGUUUUUGGUUUAUUUCCUUUUCUUCUGGUCUUUUGUUUUCUCCUGGCAUAAUCAAGGAAGCCGUGAAAUGGACUCUUUUUUGCUCUGAAGCUUCCCAAGACUGUGGGCUGAACGAUUUGUCCAGUUAGACUUGCACAGGAAACAAGGAAUGGGGAAUCUCUUCCAUGCUCAAAAAUGACAAAGAAUGAGAAUGAAAGAUAAAUAGGGUCAUGUUAUUUGGUUUGACUGCGCUUGUUUUUACUUCUUGCUUUGCUUUGAGUGGAACUGCUUUCCUUUCUUUCUUGCUUGUUUCUUCCUACUAUUUGUUGCUGUUGAUUCCUGUGGAACUUUGUAAGUACAGUAGAACCUCAUGGCGCCAUUACAAAAUGUCCAUGCUUGUAGCUUGAACAUGUGUCAGCUUUUCCUUCGCUUGGGCUGAAACUGUUUUAGUCCAAAGUUUGCAAGAAUCGGCUCAGUGAGUCUUUGAAUUAAAAAAAAAAGAAAAAAAGCCAGUGGGAAAGCAGUCAGCUGACCCAUCAACUGUUUUACUGGAUCUACAUGGAAAUGAAUCAUCCAAGCACCUACACAUCAUCAGUCUCCUUCCCCUGCCUACUGUACACGCCAAACAUUCAUCUGACCCUGACAAAAAGAAAAUGUCUCUCUUCUCAGGCUCUCAUAAACAUGGCCAGACACUUUCCCUUUACAUGUAUUGGAAGUACAAAUCUUAAUAUAUUUUAAUGCCGUAUCCAACAUACAGUAACCAACAAAUAGAUAAAACACCUAAUGUAAGAAGCAACUGUAUUUGAAAGUACUGUUUUAUAAAUGAAAACCCACACUGCCAUUUGUUGUAUUGAAAUCUAAGCCAAUAAAGCUUUAAAUCACCAUGAACCAUAUGAUCCUCGGCUAUACCAAAGGUACCCACCGCCUCUUUUCUGUUUUCUGUUUUCUUCUGUGCAUUUCAUCAAUAAACACACUGAUUCGGUGAUGUAACACAGGAUGAGAGGUAAUCUGA